AAAAAAACUAUAAAAGCUUCUUAAAAUAAAAAAAUGAUCAUCAUACUGAUAACAGCAAUUCUCACAUAAACAUCAAAGUUAAACAAAAUAUUAAAAAUGAAAUUUUUCUCCGUAAUUAUUUUCGCUUUAUUCAUGAUUUGCUGCUCUGUGGGAGUUCAAGCCCAACAACCAUGCCCCGUUGCUUGUCCAGCUUUGUAUAGACCCACCUGUGGUUUCAAUGGACGUUGUCAUAAACAAUUUGUCAAUGAUUGUCAAAUGAGCCACACUAACUGCAGUGAGAAACAAAAUUUCCAAGUAGUAGAUUUAGCUAAAUGCUCCCAAAAGGGUUUAGCUCAAUGUUAAAUUUGAAAUAAGCUAAGAAGUCAGUGUUAAUUUUUAUGUAUUAAAAUAAAUAAAUAAAAUAAUAAAAAAAAACAAUUAAAAAAAA